CAGACGCAGAGCGUAGACUUCACAGCUAUGCUGGCGGGCCUGGGCUCCCUGGUGGCUGCCUUCUGGGCGGCUCUCCAUCUGCGGACUCUCCUGCUGGGGGCCGUGGUCUUUCUGUUCCUUGCUGACUUCCUCAAGAACUGGCGACCUAAAAACUACCCGCCAGGACCCCGGCGCCUGCCCUUCCUGGGCAAUAUGUGUCAGGUGGACAUAGAGCAGUCGCACAUCCAGGCUCAGAAGUUGGUGAAGAAAUAUGGAAACAUUUUAAGCCUGGAUUUUGGUAACUUGAAUUCAGUUCUUAUAACUGGAAUGCCCUUAAUCAAAGAAAUAUUUAUUCACUCGGACCAGAACUUUAUAAACCGCUACGUCACAGCAGUCAGAGAACGCGUCUUUGGUGAAAAUGGACUGAUCAUGUCCAAUGGCCAGAUUUGGAAAGAGCAGAGAAGGUUCACCCUGACAACAUUAAGGAACUUUGGUUUAGGAAAGAAGAGCUUGGAACAACGCAUUCAGGAGGAGGCCCAGCACCUUGUUGAGGACAUAGAAAAGGAGAAAGGACAGCCUUUUAACCCUCAGUUCAAAAUCAACAAUGCAGUUUCCAACAUCAUUUGCUCUAUUGUGUUUGGGGAGCGUUUUGAGUACCAAGAUGGCCAAUUUCAGAUGAUGCUGAAGUUACUGGAUGAGAUUGUGUAUUUGGAGGCCUCCAUAAUGGGCUUGUUCUAUGAUAUGUUUCCAUCAAUAAUGAAAUUCAUUCCUGGACAACACCAAAAAAUCUUCAGCAACUGGGAGAAACUGAAAUUGUUUAUUUCUCAUGAGGUUGAAAAACACAAGAGAGAUUUGAAUCCUGAUGAACCAAGAGACUUUAUUGACGCUUACCUCAAUGAAAUGGCAAAGCACCCAGACAAGAAUACUACAAGUUUCCAUGAGGAAAAUCUCAUCUGCUGUACACUGGAUCUUUUCUUGGCUGGAACUGAAACAACUUCUACAACAUUGCGAUGGGGUCUGCUGUACAUGGCCCUAAACCCAGAAAUCCAAGAGAAAGUACAGGCAGAGAUUGACAGAAUGGUUAGCCGGGGGAAGCAGCCAAGCUUGGCAGACCGAGAAUCCCUGCCCUACACUUACGCUGUCAUCCACGAGAUACAGAGAAUGGGGAACAUAAUCCCCUUGAAUGUGCCCAGGGCAGUGACAACUGAUACCACAUUGGCCGGGUACCACCUGCCGAAGGGGACCAUGAUCCUAACCAAUUUGACUGCACUACACAAGGACCCCAAAGAGUGGGCCACCCCAGACACCUUCAAUCCAGAGCAUUUUCUGGAGAACGGACAGUUUAAGAAGAAGGAAUCUUUUCUCCCUUUUGGAAUAGGAAAGCGAGUUUGCCUUGGAGAACAAUUAGCUAGGUCUGAGCUCUUUAUCUUCUUCACUUCCCUUGUGCAAAAAUUUACAUUCAGACCUCCAAAGAAUGAGAAACUAAGCCUGAAGUUCAGACCUGGCCUCACCCUUUCCCCAGUGAGCCACCGCAUCUGUGCCAUCCCUAGACCAUGAGAUUGUAGGAGAAGGAAAUUGAAAGGAGACCAAGAAAAAAUGGUGUGUGCCCAAUCAGAUAUAAAGGGAGAAAAUGAAGCUUGGUUAGAAGAAAGAUAAGAGGAAUUGGGUCAAAGUAUACAGAGUCUCAUUUUCCACACUACUAUUGUUUCCCUAUCAGCUUUGUGCAAAUCAUUUAUGUGGUCUGUGUUUUAUCUUUAAAUCUCUGAGGUGACAGGAGAAUCGUGAUUUCUUGACGAAACAAAGUUUUGGUUUUUUUUACAAGAAUCAGGGGAUAUAUUAGAUUUAAAGUGGUUUAUAAGCCAUAAUCACAUCAUAAAACUAAGCUAUGCUUUCUUGCAUAGACAUGUAUUUGUGUGUAGGUGUUCAGACAGCUCGAGUGAACAUGCUGAAAAGGAAUCAGUGAGUCAGACAUGGCACUUUGAGAAAAUCCAGAGUUUGCCAAAAGGCCUCUCCUAUGUCUCAGAGCUGUGCGCACAUGAUCUGGAUGUUGACUGGGAUGCCCAGUGAAGCUUCCAAACUCCAACAUAUUUUUAAGAAUCUGGAAGGCCAUACACAUGCAUGGACUGGAAAAGAUCUAAAAUGCCUUCGUCUCUCACUUGUAGAUGACCUUGAAGGUUUAAGUAGGAAUUGUAGGAUAAGAUAGAGCAAUGAGCUUUCUGUUGCAGAUUAAAUGGUAUAAGCCAACCUACACCUUGUAUUUUGGGAGAGAAUGCAUGAUAAAAGAGUUCAAUGCAUGUGAUAAAAAUGGACUCAAACCCAUGGAACAGUAUGCCAGCAGAGCAGAGAAUCCAGUGAUUGAUUGUGAUGAAAAAUGGGACUUUUUUUUUUUUUUUACAAACUUAGUCUAAAGUCUCUAAACAUGAAGCAAUAAAAUAAUAGCUCUUAAGUUAA